GCAAGUCGUAUCUUUGACAUUUUCGUUGCGGCCAGGGAAGCAAGUUUACAAGGCUCUAUUAUUGUCUUCUCCUUCCAUCGUCGACGCUGUGCCAUUGCAAAGCUCUAUUAUUGUUUACAAAUUCAGAACUGCAGUAUACGAGUGGCAGGCGUAGAGAUCAAACAAAAUCAAAGAAAAGCUAGCCAAUCAUGAGGAUGCCCGAGUUCGAGGAGCUUCCAGCGGAGAUCACCCGCGACGCGCACCCGGCGCACGCGCUGAAGCUGGUGACAACCACGGACGGCGCGCCGCCGUUCCGGUGCGACGGGUGCAAGGAGCCCGGCAACGGCCAGGGGCGGCGGUACAGGUGCGGCGAACACGGCUGCGACUUCGACCUCCACGUGGCCUGCGCACUGGCGGCGCCCACCCUGAAGCACCCCCUCUUCAUCGGCGACGGCGGCCUCGAGCUCGAGUUCGAGCUCCUCCCGGAGGCGCCGCCGCCCGUCGACAAGACGUUCUGCAACGCGUGCGGGUUCCGGGCGCCCGGCCUCGUCUACCACUGCUUCGACAGGGACCUCGACCUCCACCCGACCUGCGCCGCGCUCAAGAUGGAGAUGAGCGCCUUCCUGGGCGGCCACCUGCAGGCGCAGCUCUGCUGGGAGGCUGCCGCCGUCGACGCCGACCACCGCUGCAUCGUCUGCGACGGCGCCGGCGGCAAGAAGAAGUUCUGGGCGUACCGAUGGGGCUUCGGCGGCACGCACGCGUACCUGCACGUGGCGUGCAUGAAGAGGAUCGCGUUCCAGAGCUGGGAGCAGGCCUACAGGGCCAGCGUCGGCGGCGGCCUCGUGGAGGCGAGCGUGCCGACGAUGGCGGCCGUGAUGCAGAAGAAGCGCACCGACGAGUAUACCGGCGGCGUUAAGAUUAUCGACACGGGUAUCCGUGGCCAAUACUUUUUCAGUUCAACGUGGGGUACUUAAAUUGUUAUUAAUACUCUAGUUUA